AUGGAGGAAAAGGGGGGAGUGACCGCUAAGCGAGGUGCGCAACGGGCCGCAUCGCUCCUGCCCAAAAGAGUAAAACGGACUCCUCCUCAGUUCUGGUCGACGUCCCAAGAUCCGGCCUCGCCAUGCCUCAAUAGCAUCCAUACCCCAGACUUAUUCCACACUCCACCGCAUUCCUCAACUCGUUCAUCGCCGCAGCCAGCAGCCAGCUGGCAAUUCAAUGCCGGGACUCCUCCCUCUCCUAUACAAGCUCCACACCUCGCUCAAGCACUCCCAGCAGGCAUCGAACUCUCCACCUCCCUGCUACCGCGGAACACCACUCCCGCCACACGCACUCCCGACCCACGUAGCUGGGAUCCCGCACUGGUGGACCACUACCACUACCAGCACCACCACCUCUCCGCGACCAUGCGCAGCGCCUCCUUCCCUGGCCGCUACCACGGCCACCACGGCGGCGGCAGCGGCGGCGAAGUCCCCCUUCCGCACCCCAUCUUCCACCGCCUCGGCCCCGAGAACCGCGAGCAGAUCCGGCAGUGGCUCGUCGUGAACGAGGACCGCAUCUUCGCUGGCCUCCUCGUGUUCGUGUGCGUGAUGGGCCUGGCCGGGAUGUGGCGGUCCAGAGAGCCGAUGGUGGAGUGGUGGUGUGGGCGCAGACGGAGGCAGACGGGGAGGGGGAGGGGGAGGGGGGCUCUGGUGACGGUGGGUAUCUUGCGGAAUGGUGCGGUGGCGAGCGAGAGGGACACGUUGUUGGAGGCCUGUUGUGAGGAAAGGGUGGUGAAGAGGGUGCGGUUUGUGGAGGACGAGGGGGCGACGGUGGUUAUCUUCGAUGGGAACCAGGGAAGGGAGACGGUAGUGGUGGGUUUUCGGGAAGAGGGCGGCGGCGGGUUUGGGGACGUGUCUGGACGGGAGUAA